AUUUUUAUGUAGCAGACCGCUGAAUAAUGCCCCUGUAGUAGCUCUUCUGGUAAAACGGUUAUUUUAUGCACAAAGAGCAAAAUUCAAUUGUAAAUUUAUCCAUCUUAUAAGAAGAGAAAAAUAUACGCUGAGCAUAAUUAUACCUUUUUGAUACUUUAAAAAGAAUUAUGAUGCUCAUAUCUUGCCUCUUUUUGACAAUCUUCAUCGGAUCGGCUUCAAGUAUCAACUAUGAUGACUGCGGAAGAAAAAUAUCAUGUUAUCGAGAUCCAUCCGAUUGCAAAGAUAAUUGUGAAGUCGCCAUAUCUUGGAAAACAAGCGGCGAUCAGAUUCAGUUUGAAAUGUAUACGAAAAAGGAUGACUAUGUAGCCAUUGGAUUUUCGACAGAUAAGAAAAUGGGACAGGAUUCGGUAAUUGCUUGUCAAAAGUCUGAAAAUGGCCUUGUCGAAGUUCAAUUGUACCGUAAUAUUGACGUUGGAAAAAUUGAAAAAUUAGAACUCUCCGGAAUCACAAACAUAACUGGAAAAGCCGAAUCCGAUGAAUUAUCUUGCACCUUUAGCCGCAACCAAGUUUAUAAUAAUUCUAAAAUUUAUGAUUUAACUAAAAAGAAAAAAUAUUACUUAUUGGUUGCCCAAGGAAGUGUUAAAAAGGAUACAAUUGAAAAACAUAGAAAAGUUGGAAUACUAAAAUCCCAAAUUCCAUUUACGAAACUAGUCAAUGUUAUUGGUUCAAAGGUGAGAGCUAGUGGAAUGGUAAAAGCUCACGGUAUCCUUAUGGUUAUGGCAUGGAUGAUCUUAGUUCCAAUUGGAGCAAUUACAGCUAGAUAUUAUAGAACUUUCUUUCGAAGUGAAAAGACACCCGGUGAAACUUGGUUUUUCAUUCAUUGGUUUUGUAUGGGAUCUGCAGCUAUUUUAACAAUUAUUGGCGCUGUUCUCAUUUUUGUUCAUGCUGGAGGAUUUAUUACAUAUGAUACUAUGCCGAUGAAAUUGCAUCCAAUUCUUGGAGUAGUAACCAUCGCCCUAGCUGUUUUGAAUCCGAUUAUGGGAAUAAUUAAACCAGACGAAAGUAGUUCACUAAGACCGAUAUUCAAUUGGCUUCACCGACUUGGGGGCAUGUCUGCGGGAAUUCUUGGAUUUGUGAAUGUCAUGAUUGGUACUCGGAUGCCGGCAGCUAAUGUAAGGAGAACUAUGCUGUGGUGGAUCCUCUCCCUCCUUAUCCUACUUAUUUUAUUUGGAAUCAUUUUGGAACUCUUGGGUUGUGAAGAGGAGGAUGACGAUGGCAAAGAUGAUGAAGAAACUGGAAUGAAAAAGUUAGGCAGCGAAAAAGAUGAGGAAAAACAACUCAAAGGAGAAGAGAAAGAGAAAUAUUCUGGAAAAGACGAUGAUCAAGAUUCAAACUCCGAUAAUGAAGAUACUCCCAAAUCAAAAUCGGAUAAUAGAAGAAAAACGAGACAAACUUUAUAUGCUGCUUUGCAUCCUGCUUGUAUAAGUAUUGAACCAAAAAUCAAUAUUGAAGAUCAAAGUGACCUUAAUCGUUGGAAGGAGAGAUUAAAGUCAAAAAUGGAUACUAUCAGAAAAGAGCAAGAAAAAUUACAGAAUAUGUUAAAAAAUGACUUUGCAAUUACUAAUAAACCACAAUCUAAUAAUAUACCUGCAGAGCGUAAUGAAAAAGCAAAUAGAGAAAUGUUUAAAGUUGUUGGUGUCCAUAAAGAUGAUAUCCACCAAUAUAGGCCUGAUGAGAAUAACAUGUUCAAAUGUAUUUCAUCUAAUGUUAAAAUUCCUUUUAAAAACGUUAAUGAUGAUUAUUGCGACUGUCCAGACCAAAGUGACGAGCCUGGAACAUCUGCUUGUCCUAAUUCAAGGUUCUACUGCACUUUUCAAUUAAGUAUGUCUAAACGUUCCGCGAAAUGGGUACCCUCUGGCUCCGUUGGCGAUUCUAUUUGUGAUUGUUGUGAUGGGUCUGAUGAAUGGCAGAGAUUUAAUGAUAUCAAAAAUCCUAAGAAUGAUGUUUAUAAUAAAUUACAAGUCUAUCAUACGCCCUGUGUAGAUCUUUGCACAGAGUUACGAAAUCAAAAGCAACAAGAAGAAGAGAUACGAAUUCUUGCUGCAUCUACUAGGAUGAAAUAUGUCAAACAGGGAAAAGAUGCGCCUUCAGGAGAGGACUACGGGCCACAAAAUGUUUUCUAUCCACUAAGUAAAAAAUGCUUUACAUUCAAGUCAAAUGAAUAUGAAUAUUCAAUUUGUCCGUUCAAAGAAAUUAAGCAAACGAAUAGUAAUUCUCAUAGCGUAUCAGCAGGUUCACAAUUCAAAUGGCUUUCAAGAACUCCUUAUGAUUUUAGUAUUAUUAUGACCGGUGGGGAAGGGAAAAAUUGUCCUGAUUUGGAAAGAUCAACAGUGAUAAAAUGGGAGUGUGGCUUAAAAGAUUCUGUUCUAAAAGUUAGUGAAAGUGAAAGAUGUCGGUAUAAAGUUUUAAUGAAUAGUCCUGCAGCCUGUUAA